AUUCUAGUUUUAUUUAAAAAUGAAAAUUUCAUUAUAUAUGAUUAACAUAUGUGGAAAGUGUUGUUAAUGGCUUAAUGUAGUAGUUUUUUCUUAUUAAAGAAAAAGUGUGUUCCACUUUCUCUUCGUAAAGAGUAUAAAUACAAACGUACAACUAGCCGUUAGCAGAAUUCUUUGAUCUUGGUUUCUAUAUAAUAUGCCUUGAUGUUUUGUUAUUAAUUUUUUUUCAUUUAAUGAUAUUAUUAAAUUGUUCUACAUUAUUUUAGGUGUCUCGUCGGUCAAUCUAGAUUUUUCUUGGAGAGCUCUUAUUUAGUGGUUGUUCCAAUGGAUCACGAAUCUUCCUUGUCAAUUCCUCAACAUUCUUAUCAUGUAUUCUUAAGCUUUAGAGGUACAGAUACGCGUAAAAACUUUACAGAUCACCUUUAUAUGGCCUUAGUGCAAGCAGGGAUUCGCACCUUUAGAGAUGACGAUGAAAUUGAGAGAGGAAAGAAUAUAUGGGAUGAAAUUGAAAAAGUCAUAUUCCAUCAAUCAAAAAUAUCUAUCAUUGUUUUCUCAAAAGAUUAUGCUUCAUCCAAAUGGUGUCUUAAUGAACUUGUGAAGAUAAUGGAACAUAGGAAAUCCUCCCAACAUAAUGUUUUGCCAGUUUUUUAUGAUGUUGAUCCAUCCCAAGUCAAAAAGCAAACAGGGAGUUAUGCGGAAGCCUUUGCUAGACAUGAAAAGACCUUCAAGUUUGAAAUGGAUAUGGUGCAAAAAUGGAGGGCUGCUUUAAAAGAAGUUGUAGAUUUGGGAGGCAUGGUUCUACAAGAUAGGUACAUUUAAGCAAGUUCCAUACUAUUUGCCUACUAUUUAAAAAUGUGUGUUGAAUUCUUCUUGUGUAACACCUCAAUCUCACAUGGAUACUUUAAGGAUCUAUUAUGAUAUAUACAUAAAUACAUAAAUAUAUAAAUAAACACUUGUAAGGUUUUCUAUAUGAGACAAAAUCAUGAAUUUUCGGAUCAAAAUAGAUA